AGGUCAAAGGUCGCCACAGUGGCUAUCUUGCCUUAGCCGUCGGCGUGGCCUGUGACGCAAGCAUGGUUUUUAUCCCCGAAUGGCCCCCACAAGGGAACUGGAAGGAUGAGUUAUACAAUAAGGUGGGGUUCCCCUCUGGACGGAUGAGUUAUAUGACAACGUGGGGUAAACCUCUGGACGGAUGUGCUAUAUAAUAGCGUGGGGUACACCUCUGGACGGAUGAGCUAUAUAAUAAAGUGGGGCACACCUAUGUAUGGAUGAGCUAUACAAUAAGUUUGGGUACACCUCUGGAUGAAUAAAAUUCAUGCAUUUAGUUCAAGUAAACUUUCGUCUUUUUAUGUCAACAAUUAUUUUAUUCUUUUUAUAUUUCCAAUACGCACAUCAUCCCUAGACGAUGGAUUUUCUAAUGAUGUAAUGUUUUCGCCCUGGGGACUUUCUCAUCUCUCCUCUAUGUUAACGUCUGCAACACUAGGUUCGGGAUGAUCGGUUCAUGGGGCUCGAAAUUUUCCUGAUCCUGAAGUCCGAGGGCGCCACUGACAUAGAGGGCAAGAAGAUCUACAAUGAGGACAUCAUGAAU